UUGAAAAUAGUAAAAAAUUAUGGUCCACUUUAGUAAGAUGGGAUUAUGCUUCUACAAAAUUAUGCUCCACUUGUUAUUACUCAAUUAUUGAAAUUAUUGAAAUUAUUGAAAUAGCAGAAGCAAUACGUAGAAGCUAACACCAGCCAUUUUCCUUUACUGUCUUUCUCUUUGCCAAAACACACUAUUCACUUCUUUUUCUCUGUAUCUUCAAAACCCUAAUAAUGGAUGUUGGAACAGUCAUGUCUGCUGUUCAAACUCUGUUAGCAGCACUUCAAUGCUCUCAGCUUAGAGAUUUUUGCUCCAGCUUUGACUGCAAACCCAAACUCGAACAACUCGAAAAAACCGUUAAAAGAAUCCAAGCUGUGCUCAUUGAUGCUGAGCUUAAGCAAGCUCUGUCCCACCAAGAGCAGCUGUACAUUGAAGAGCUUAAGGAAGCUGUUUUUGAAGCUGAUGAUCUGUUUGAUGAGUUUGUCACUCUUGCUGCUCAGAAGAAGCUCAAUACUCGUAUCAAGGACCGUUUCUUCGCCCUCUUCACCAAGUUAGCUGAUGAUUUCUCUGUUUCUAAAAAGAUCGACAAGAUCAGAAAGAAGUUAGAUGAUAUCGCUGAUAAUAGCAAGUUCAAGUUGAAGAUUGAUCUGAAGCCUGCUAAUAGUAGAAGCCGAGAGACCUGUUCUUAUAUGAAAGAAGUUAUCAUUGGAAGAGACCAAGAUCUGGAGACCAUCAAGGGUAUGUUGCCCAACUCUGAUGAUGUUCAACAGGAUGUUUUUUUCAUUAGUAUUGUGGGGAUUGGAGGGUUGGGCAAAACUGCUCUUGCUCGACUUUUGUUCAAUGAUCCAACAGUGGCAACAUCAUUUCCAUUGAGGUUGUGGGCUUGUGUUGCCGAUCAAGACCAAAAUCAAUUUGAGGUGAGAGACAUUCUUGGUACGAUUCUUGAAUCUGGUGGACUACAGAAGCAGAACCAAGGUGACACACUCGAAUUGAUGCAACGAAAAUUGCGAGACAUAUUUGGUGGACAGAGAUAUUUGCUUGUUUUGGAUGAUGUGUGGACAGAGGAUCGUGAACAAUGGCUUGGCUUGCUAGGAUCCUUUACCGGAGGUGGAAGAGGAAGCUGUAUUGUGGUAACCACUCGUUCAAUGAAGACGGCAAAAAUCAUAGGAAAUGGGCAAAUGCACCAGCUACAAGGCUUGUCAAUGGAAAACUCAUUGCGUUUGUUUAAAUGGGCAGCUUUUGGAUCGGAAGAGUCAAGUCCUCCUCAAAAGCUGGUUGAGAUUGGUGAAGAAAUUGUUAAGAGAUGCGCUCACGUUCCUCUUGCCAUAAGAGUGUUGGGAGGCCUUCUCUAUGGCCAAGAUGAAAGUCAGUGGCUAUCUUUGCGUGAGUUGGGAUUGGAAAAAAUUAUAGAAAGUGACAAUAGCAUCAAACCGAUAUUAAAGCUUAGUUACUACCAACUUGAAUCUCCAUUGAAAAGUUGUUUUGCUUAUUGUGCCUUGUUUCCUAAGGAUGAAAUCCUGUAUACAUGCAAUUUGAUUAGCUUAUGGAUGGCCCAAGGCUACAUCACAUCAGAAGGUGGAAAAAGCAUGGAAGAUGUUGCUGUGGAUUAUGUAAAACUUUUAAUACAGAGGUGCUUCUUUCAGGAUGUAAGGCUAUAUGGAGAUUCUGAAAAUAUUCGGGAAUUCAAGAUGCAUGAUUUGAUGCACGACGUUGCUCAAGAAGUUGUGGGAAAGGAGAUCCAGACGACAGUGCAUAGCAUGGAUGGAGAUCUUGAUAAAAAGAUUCGUCAUCUUAAAAGAAGCAACUCGACAAAUGUUUUCCGCACCCAAAAAAGUCAACUGCGUUCUUAUGUUGAUGUUAGAUACCGUAUUGAAUAUAAUAAUAAGAUGGACCAGGUUUGUGCGGCUUCAAUGUUUGGUAAUUGGAAAUGUUUGAGGGCUUUAGACUUGAGUCGUUCAAGUAUUAAAAGUCUGCCAGGUUCAAUCGGUAAAUUGCUUCAUUUAAGGUAUCUAGACCUUUCAGAAAACAAUUUUAAAGUGCUUCCUAGGGCGAUUACAAAUCUAUAUAAUCUUCAGACUUUACAGUUAUUUUUUUGCAAACAAUUGAAAGAGUUACCAAAAGAUAUUGACAAGUUAGUUCAGCUUAGGGUGUUGAACAUAUCUCGUUGUGAUGGUUUGACUUAUAUGCCAAGGGGCAUAACCAAGUUAACUGAUCUUCGUGAGCUUGGAAUGUUUGUGGUGGGAGGAGAGAGGUGUACAAGUUGGAAGGAGUUGUUGAAUGAAAUGAAAAUCCUGAAACCUCUAAGGAACCUUAGAGGCUCCCUCCAAAUCAGGAUCAAAUACUCCAACAAAGCUACACGUGUUUAUAAGAAAGAGAAAGAUUGCGAAAGAGACUGCUUGAGUGACAAGGAACAUCUUGAAUGUCUAGAUGUUAAAUUUAGUGGAGAGGAGGGUGAAGGAAGAGUAAACUACGAUGAAGCAGUGAUGGAUAUGCUACGGCCACAUUGUAAUCUCAAGGAGCUAUUUGUUGAGGCAUAUCAAGGUGCAAGUAUGGUGGGGUGGGCAAUGGAAGAAAACUUGACAACGUCUCUUCCUAAUCUUGUUUACUUGGGGCUUUGGAAUUGUCUGAAAUUGAGUGACUUAAGAUGCUUGGGAAAUAUAUGUCAUCUAAAAGUGCUUUUUCUUUGUAACCUAGAAAAUUUGGAGUAUAUAAUUGAGAAAUAUAUAUCAGGAGGUAGCAACGACACGAGAGCUGUGCAUGUGAAGUCAGGCCAACAAUUUUUUCCCUCUUUGAGGAGACUUAGAAUACAGGAUAAUCCUAAAUUGAAAGGAUGGGUAGGGGAUGCAAAUGAGCUCCAUGUUAAUAGUAACAGUAUGUCACCCCUUGUUUUUUCUCAAUUGGAAGAUCUUUAUAUUGUAAAUUGCCCAAAGCUUAUAGCAGUUUUCCAUUUUCCCUUAUUGAAAUUCCUCUAUUUGAGUAGAUUUAAUAGAAGACUACAAAUAAUAAUUAGAAGGUUGAAGAAUGAAGAAUUAGAGGAAGAUAAAGGUAAGGAAACAUGUAAUCCAAAGUUUUCAUCCUCCCCCUAUUUUCGUUGUGAUAGAAUAAGCAAUUUAAGGGAAAUUGAAAUAGACGACACAACUUGGCUAAAUCAUGGGCUACACAUGGAGGCUUCUGAUGUUUAAUAGCACUGGUAAUUAAGGGAGAUGAUAACAUAGAGAAUCUGAGAGAAGAUGAGAAUGUGUUUCGUGCGUGUUCGUCUUCCAUACAAUAUUUAGCUAUUCGAAGUUGCUCCAAUAUGAAGAGCGUGUUAGAAGGCUUACAACAUCUCUUUGUCUUAGAGACCUUAGUAAUCGAUGAUUGUCCUAAUCUGAAUUUAUCAAGAGAAAUGGAGGAAUGCAUUGGCAAGCCACUUAAAAAAUCUCUUCGCAACUUGACACUCGAGAGUCUCCCGCAAAUGGUGAAUCUUCCUGAUUGGAUACAAUACUUAACCAACCUUCAAUCUCUGAAAAUUAAGAAUUGCAAACAGCUUGAAUCUCUGCCGAGUUGGAUGUCCAAACUCACUUCUCUCAAGGAACUUCAAAUUCGUGGAUGUUCACCAACAUUGGAGAAAUGAUGCCACCAUUCAAAUGGGUUGGAUUGGCCAUACGUUCAACACAUCCCUUCCUUUAUUCGUCAUAUUGAAUACUUGGCGUAACCAAUUGAAGGGACACCAAAGGUAUAACUUAUGAGUUAUGUGGUAAAAUUUUCAUGGUCCAUUCUAAAAUUUUCUAUUUAUUUGUUUAUUGUUUAUGUCAUUUAAUAUGUAGCUUAUAAUUUAUUUUAAAUGAGAAACCUAAAUCAUAAAUAUUGAAUUUAUAAGCAAAGUUGAUAAAUUUUA